AUGGCGGCCGCUCCCGGGCGCCGCCUGGCCCUCGCGGCGCUCGCGCUCCUCUCGCUGUGGGCGCCGUCGCUCGCCGCGUCGUCGCCGCCGCGGCGCCGCAGCGUCGCCGUGCUGGCCGACGACACGUACCCCGGCUACGGCGUGAAGCAGUUCGCGGCGCAGCCCGGCGCCUCGUACCGCCUGCUCGACACGGGCUUCUCGCAGUUCUUCGCGGUCGUGAGCGGCGGCCUGCUGAUGACGACGGCCGACCUGCACCCGCUGGUGGGCCGGCCCGUGUCGCUGGCCGUGCUCGAGGACGCGGGCAACCGCUCGAGCACGCACUCGCUGCAGCUGCUGGUGCUGGACCGGCGCGACAUGCUGCGCUUCCGCGAGGCGGCCGCGCCGGCGCGGGUGCGCGAGAACGCGCCGCCGGGCUCCGGCGUCGCCCACCUGGCGCUGGCGGGCGGCGCGGGCGGCCGCGUGCGCUACGCCAUCGUGGCCGGCGACCCCGGCGGCGACUUCCGGCUGGCGGCGGCCAACGCGACCGGCGUCGCCGUCGAGACGGCGCGGCCGCUCGACCGCGAGAAGACGCCGGCGUACAACCUGACGGUGGAGGCGGCGGACGGCCGCGGCGCCGACAGGGCCGUCACCACGCUGCCCGUGGAGGUGCUCGACGAGAACGACAACAGCCCCGUGUUCUCCAGCAAGGUGUACCGCUUCUCCGUGGACGUGGGCGGCCGCGCCUCCGACCGCUUCCGGACGGUCGGCAAGGUGGCGGCGACCGACGCGGACGGCGACCGCGUGGCGUACCGCCUGGCGGCGCCCAGCGGCCUGGUCGUGGUCGUGCCGCAGACGGGAGAGCUGCUGCUCGCCGAGGAGCCGCCCGAGGAGGACGUCGAGUACGAGAUCGCGGUCGAGGCGCACGACCUGCGGUCGCCCAGCCGCACCUCGCAGGCUCCGGCGCAGGUCUGGCUCCAGUUCAACGGGCCCGCCGACGACGACGGCGCGAACGAGGUGGCCUCCGAGGAGUGGUCGGAGCGGUCGCGCGCCCGCGUCCACCGCAUCGCCAAGCGGCGGGUGACGCGCGCCGUGCGGCCCACCAAGCGCAUCGAGUUCACCGAGGCGGACGGCGGCACCGAGGGCCGCGCCGUCUUCACCCUGGAGAAGGAGACCGAGCGGGAGACCUUCAAGAUCCGCGACGAGAACCCCUGGGUCACCGUCGAGCCCAACGGCGCCGUCCGCGUCAAGAAGAAGUGGGACUACGAGGAGCUCGGCCCGGAGAAAACCAUCGACUUCUGGGUCACCAUCACCAACGCCGGAGGAGGAGGAGGUGAGUCUGACAUCAGCGCAGCAGUUCGUACUGGACCAUUACGCGUUGCAGCUUUCUCUGACGUGCAGGUAUGAUUGUAAUCAACAGAAAAACUCCCAAUGCUAAGCAG